CGGGGCGGGCCGGCAGCGAUGGCGAUCUUCAGUGUGUAUGUGGUGAACAAGGCUGGCGGCCUGAUUUACCAGCUGGACAGCUACGCGCCGCGGGCCGAGGCCGAGAAGACGUUCAGUUAUCCGCUUGAUCUGCUACUCAAGCUGCACGACGACCGCGUGCUGGUUGCCUUCGGACAGCGCGACGGCAUCCGGGUGGGCCACGCAGUGCUGGCUAUCAAUGGCAUGGACGUGAACGGCAAGUACACAGCCGAAGGGAGAGAGGUGCUGGAGUACCUGGGCAGCCCUGCCAAUUACCCGGUGUCCAUUCGAUUUGGCCGGCCCCGCCUCACCUCCAACGAGAAGCUCAUGCUGGCGUCCAUGUUCCACUCGCUCUUUGCCAUCGGCUCCCAGCUGUCUCCUGAACAGGGCAGCUCCGGCAUUGAGAUGUUGGAGACAGACACGUUCAAACUGCACUGCUACCAGACAUUGACCGGGAUCAAGUUUGUGGUGCUGGCAGAUCCGAGGCAAGCAGGAAUCGAUUCUCUUCUUCGAAAAAUUUACGAAAUUUACUCCGACUACGCCCUCAAGAACCCAUUCUACUCCCUGGAAAUGCCCAUCAGGUGUGAGCUGUUUGACCAGAAUCUGAAGCUGGCCCUCGAGGUGGCAGAAAAGGCUGGGACUUUUGGACCCGGGUCAUAGGCUGAACCUGCACACGACCCCCACGUUCUGAGAGCCUGCCAGUCCCCUUCUGUGUUUGUGCACUUGGAAACUGAGGGAUGUUGGGCCUGGUGGCGGGACUGACCCCCCAGCCUUAGUCCCAUGCUCUCUCCUGUCCUGUAGCUGUCAGGUCCCACUUCCCACCUCUGUACAGAUUUAGGUUUGGAGGCGAUGGGCCCACAAAUGUUGUAAUAAAUGUUUUUCUGGCUGCA